AUGGAUGGCAGCUCCAUCUCAGAUGGCACAAAGUGCAGUGGGAACAUUGCUUCUGCACAUGAAGAUAGUGGAUGAAAGACCUGCAGCAGCUGGGCCUUUCGCACACGAGAAAGGGGCACCAGGAAUUUAAGCACCGCAAGAUUAGCCGGAGAGGCACUGGCAACUGUGGAGUCUUAUACUCAGGUGCUAUUAACAGCACCUGCCUUUAAUGCAGCAGUGAUCUUGAUGGCAUCAGCCUCUGCCCUUCCUCAAUAGCAUUCAAGCAACAAGUCAAGUCACUUGGAAAAUGAAGAAAGAAAAUGGAGGAUGGACUACAGAGCCCCAAGCAACCCUGAUGCUAAGCAGGAAGAAAUGUCACCUUACUCCUUGCUCACUGUACGAAUCAUAAAGUUGAGAAAUGCUCAUCAGGCAGAUUUUUUAAGCCAAUCAGAUUGCUACGUGAGCCUCUGGUUGCCAACUGCUUCAGAUGAAAAAUUCCACACCAAAACCAUCAAAAACUGCAGAAAUCCCACAUGGAAUGAAACUUUCUACUUCAGGAUACAGAGGCAAGUCAAGAAUAUUCUGGAAAUUACUGUUUCUGAUGAUGACAUCCUUCGCGAUGAUGACUGUGCAAUUGUGCUUUUUGAUGUAGCUAAAAUUCCACUCGGGGAAACAGUGUCCACAGCAUUCCCACUAAAUCCACAGAAAAGGGAGGAGCUGGAAGUUGAGUUUGUCCUGGAGAGUGUCUCAGAUCCUCCUGAAGACAUCAUCACAAAUGGGGCAAUAGUGUGUCGUGAAGUAGCUUGCUUGGAAGUUCACUUGGAUAGCAGGAUGAAAAAGAAGCAUCUUUCAGAGAAUGAGCUAACAUUUACAGUGAGAGGAUCCUUUGAAGAAACCCAGAGAAUUUCAGUGGACUGUGACUCCUGCUCUGCUCUUCCAGAUUCCACUUUCUUCCACUAUGCCAAAUACAAGCAACCCUCUCUGGAUAUUGCACUCACAAAGACAAGGAGGCUUCCUGCCUUUUGUGCUUGUGUGCCAUGUGGAGUAAGAAGGAGAAGCAUCCCCCUGACUCUCCCUUUGAAAUCACUCCCCUCAGAGCAGGAGGUAGUUGGUGAGCACAGAAGUUUUGAUUUGCACUUUAAGGUGAAUAAGUGCCAGGAAGACCUAGAUGUACGCCUGGGGUUUGACCUGUGUGCCCAGGAAAAGGAUUUCAUUUGCAAGAGGAAGAAGGUGGUUGGAGCUGCUCUGAAGAACAUUCUACAGCUGGAGGAGGACUUGCAGGAGGAUGAGGUACCUGUGGUAGCAAUCAUGACAACGGGUGGUGGAACCAGAGCUCUAACAGCCAUGUACGCUCACCUUCUCAGUGUGCAGGAGUUGAAUGUCCUGGACUGUGUCUCAUACAUCACUGGUUUAUCUGGCACGACAUGGACCAUGUCCAACUUAUAUGAAGAUCCUGACUGGUCCCAGAAGGACCUUAAGGAAACCCUCAAUGAUGUCCGCAAGCAUGUGCUCAAAAAUAAGUUCUUGGCAUGUUUUGCCCCUGAUCGUCUGAAAUACUAUUUGGAAGAGUUGUGCCAGAGGGAGCAGGAAGGACAUCAGAUAUGUUUCACGGAUCUAUGGGGACUCAUCAUAGAAACCAUGUUACAUGAAAAGGAGGACUGCCAUAAACUCACAGAUCAGCAGCAGGCACUAAAUCAGGGUCAGAAUCCCCUGCCUAUCUACCUCUCUCUCAAUGUGAAGGAUAAAAUCAGCGACCAGGAUUUUAGAGAAUGGGUGGAAUUCACCCCUUAUGAAGUAGGAUUCCCAAAAUAUGGUGCCUUCAUUCGUGCAGAAGACUUUGGUAGUGAGUUCUUCAUGGGUCGGCUGAUGAAGAAAAUUCCAGAAUCCAGAAUCUGCUUUCUAGAAGGUAUCUGGAGCAGUGUAUUUUCCUUGAAUCUUAUGGAUGCUUGGUAUUUAUCUGUUAACUCAGAAGACUUCUGGCACAAAUGGACCAGAGACAAAAUUACUGACAUAGAUGAUGAAAGCCUAUUCCCUACAAGACCAAACGAGCUGGAUACUCGAGUCCUUUGUCCCACCGACAGCUUUUCAGGCAUUUUCCGAGAUGUUGUCAUGUUACGUCCAGCAGCAUCUGAAAUCCACAACUUCCUGAAGGGCUUCCAUAUGAACAACAACUACCUGGAGAGCCAGUUUUCCAAAUGGAAAGACUGUGAACUUGACUCUCAGCCAAACCAGCUGACAACAGCAACAGACUACCUCAUCCUGAUUGAUACAGCAUUUGCCUUUGCUACCAGUUACCCACCACUUAUGAGGCCAGAAAGGAAAGUGGAUGUCAUUUUGCAUUUCAACUACAGUUCAGGUUCCCAGACAGGGCCCCUGAAAGAAGCUUCUAAAUACUUUGCAAAACAGGGAAUUCCUUUCCCUACAAAGGUGCCAGAUGAUCAGGAAACCCCAAAUCUGAAGGAAUGCUACAUUGUGGGCGACAAGGAGAGCCCAGAAACACCUAUUGUGCUGUUUUUCCCUCUAGUAAAUGACACCUUCAGGGAGUACAAAGCACCUGGUGUGAAACGUAGUCCCUCAGAGAUGGCAGAAGGCGAUGUCGACGUUGCCAAUACCCAUGGUCCAUAUUACAUAAACAAUCUGAGUUAUUCAAAGGAAAAUUUUGACAAACUGGUGAACCUAAGUUACUACAACGUCCAGAACAACAAAGAUUUGAUUCUUCAGGCCUUGCGUACCGCUGUGGAGCGGAAAAAGCAGCAAAAGAAAGAGCAACCACUGCAAGAAACACCUGAAGGGGAUAGCACAUGUGAGCCUGAUAAAGAGGGAACCCAGCAUUUGGCUGACUGCCCAGCACUAGGGAAUAUGAAAUAA